UUGUUGAGUUAUUAUCUAACAUUAUCCAAUAUUCCGAAUCUAAACUAUUUAGAUAUUCAACCAUGGCAUGGAACGUCGGCAGCAAUUUUCUGUCCCUUGCAGUCGCUCUAACAUUUCUCAUAUUGCUGUGGAAGGCGGUAAAUUACCUAUUUAGUAAAUCAGACAUUCCAAGCCCUAAAGGAGAUUGGUUUAUAAUCGGGCAUCUGCUUGAAAUUAGGAAAAGCAAAGACAUGAUGCAAACUUUCGACGAAUGGGUGAAAGCCUACGGACCGAUAAUUCGAUUUCGACCACUUGGGAUAUUUGGCAAAACAUUCCACAUAAUUAGUGACGCUGAUGCUCUAAAGCAAAUCUUGGUAUCCAACUCAUUCAAAUAUGAAAGAUCGAGUGAUUUCUUUAAAAUGUUCUUACCAACACGACACGUGUUUUUAGCAAAUGGAAAGGAGCAUUUCAGAAUGAGAAAAAUGCUCAACCCGGCAUUUAAAGUAAACAACUUAAAAUCUAUGGUUGAAUGUUUACAGGAAAAGGCCAAUUCACUUGCAGAGUAUUGGGAAAACAAAAUAGAAAUGAUGUCACAGAAUAGCGAUCGUAAAGAGAGUCGCCUGCCCGUGCAAAACGAUUUGACGCGGCUGGCAUUGGAUGCAUUAGGUGAAUGUGUAUUUGGCUAUGAUUUUGAUACCAUAAAAAGCGGUGAUUCCGCAUUAUCCCUUGCGUUCACCAAUCUGUUCUCUGGCGUAAAUCAGGGUGUGAGUUCAUUGACGCAACUGCUUGUUAACUACUUCCCAUUUCUUAAAUGGCGUAUUGAAUCGCUUAAAAAACGUCGAGCAGGAAUCGAAAUCAUUACGAAACUUAUGAAGCAGGUAAUCCAAGAUAAGAUUGAUAAGAAAAUCGAACAAAAAACCGCACAAAAAGAUCUACUAGAUCUUCUUCUUGAAGCUGUUGAUGACGAAACAGGCAAAGGUAUGGAUGAAGAGGAAUUGUUUUCUCAGAUAUUCAUAUUUCUAUUCGCUGGACAUGAAACAAGUGCAGUCUCCAUGUCAUGGAUGCUAUAUUUCCUUGCCCAAAAUCCCGACGUGCAAAAAAGACUUCGCCAGGAAGUUGAAGUUACAUUAAAUGAGAAAGAAGAGUGCUGGGAAACCUACGAUUCAAUGGAGUACCUUACAGCCGUGGUUAAUGAAUCAUUGCGCCUUCGACCAUCAGCACCGGUGUACCGUAGACAAGUAAUACAAGAGGACAACAUCUUGGGGUACAAAAUACCUGCUGGUUCCAUGGUUGUUAUACCUCUCUACGCCCUCCAUCGUAAACCUGAAUAUUGGUCAGAUCCAGAGACAUUCAAUCCGGAGAGAUUUCUGGAACCAAACAUGCAAAACAAUCCCAACCACCGUUAUGCGUUCAUGCCAUUUUCCUCAGGUCCUAGAAUCUGCAUUGGUUAUAGAUUUGCUUUGAUGGAGAUAAAGGUCGUACUUUCUGCCUUGAUCCGAAGAUUUUCAUUUUUAAUGAUUCCUGGAAUGUCGUUUGAAGGCUCGAUGUCUGUAACUUACAAACCUAAGCCCAAUAUGGAACUUCUAGUACGAAAGAUUACAGAGUAAGAGGAGAAAAACCAACAAAGGGUGAGA